AUGUCAGACACAGAAUCCGAUUGUGAGUUCGACCCGGCCGAGAAUCAAGAAGUGUUUCCCAUCGAGGAUCUCCCACCGGAUUUAAGAGCUAGAGUGAUUCGAUCAUUGGAUAUGUAUGAGAUCAUGAAUCUCGCUUUAUCCUCCGACGCCAUGGAGAAUAACGUGCAAACGGCCGAUAAAAAGGGUAACGUCAGCGUUUACAUAAGUUCUCGGAUCGAGGAUCUUGAUAAAAUAGAUAAAGAUGAAAAAGUAGUUUUGGUUUCCAAAUGGCACGACGAAAGCAAAACUCUCAUCGAAAACGCUUCUGACAUCCUUCAACGUCUCCUCAGCCUAUUUUGUGUCAAAAUGUAUGGAAUUUUUCUAAUAAGGGUUGCUGAAUUGAAUAUACCCGAUGUGAUGAAGUCCUUUGCUGCAAAACAAGCUGACCUAGUCAGCAUAGAUGCUCUAAAAAUAACUGAAGAAAAUAUUGAUGUAAUAAUACAGGAGACUGCAUCGGAUCAAGCGUUGUUGUUUUUCAAAACAGAGUUUCCAGAGGAUUAUAAGAAUGUUGAGGCAUUCAAGUAUCGAGUAGCUUCUUAUGAUGACGCGCGUUGGGUUACCCUUCCCAACCUUCUGAGUAUGAAAAAUAUGGCAAGAAUCACACUCGGCCAGAAUAAAUUUCAUCUGGAAAAUAUGAACACUCUUAUAAAAUAUUGGAUAAAUUGUGAUACCGAUUUGUUCGAUUUUCUGAAAGUUGAUAUAGACAGAAAUAGAGUCCUGGGAGAGCUUUUUGGAAGUGAUAUGGAGAGCGCGGAUAGCGAGGAUAGCAGUGAAGAUAAAAAUAAAAGAUUCUUUGUACAAAUGUUGCUAACGAUUAUGGAAGGAGUUGUUUACUUGAGGAGCGGUGUUCCUUGCGACAGAUAUAUUAUCUGUAUGGCACGUCCUUGCGAAUCUCGAAUGAGAAAACUUCUAACAAUCGAGUUGAUUAAUCAACGCCUACACUUUGUCAGCCAUGAGAUAGCAGUUCCAUCAGACGAAUUCAACUACAAUAAAAUGGACUCGUUUCUGAAGGAAUAUCAAAUAUUGGAACUAUUGAACCAGAAGAGAAAGUUGAAGAAUGAAUUGAAAAAUGUGGAUAGAGAAACACGUGAAGAAGGAAAUCUGGAAAAACUGGAUCCCGGAAGACAGGAGAUUAUCGAUGGACUUCAGGAAAUCAAGGAUCAGUUAAAAUCUCACGGUGUCUACAAUGAAGACGGAUUGCCAACUUUUGAUCUACCACCAAUUCCAUUGAUGGGACCCCAUCCAAAGCCAUUUCAGUUAAUGGCAAUUCCACGUGUUGCGCGGAAUAGGAUGAUCAAACAAAUGGGUAUUUUUGAAUGUGUGGGUCUUGCCUUGUGCUCUAUAAGAAUGGAGAAUAUGGUGAAAGACGCGAGAGUUGUAGUGGAAAAUCAUUCCAUUAUGAUUGGAUAUGAUUGUUGGGUUAACCAGCUGAGCGACGAGAAUAGUGUUUUUCUCAACUCUGACAAAACCGGGGACGUUUCUCACCUGUUCGAUAAAGAAGAUACUUGUAUUGACUAUCAUUUCCUUAAAGCAUGGCAUCAACCCACCCAAACCAAAAUAGAGAAUGUUUUCAAUGUUUUCACCAGACUAAAAAAUGUGUUUAUUGCCAAAAACUUUGGAAUCAUCACGACUUUAAAAUUGCCUUUAGGAAACUUUGAACAAAUCAUGGCACUUGCUGCCCCUCAUAAGUUCCAUGAAUAUAAUGUGUGUGGUAAGAUCACGACGGAUCAAAUGGAUUUGUUGAUGGAAAAAGCUGAAAGUGAUGUGACGUUAUGCUUGGAAGAAUUGAGUGUUCCAGAAGAUUAUUCGCAUCCAAAUGCAUUCAACUUCCAAAGCGUUAACUAUGGGGACGCUAGCUGGGUUCGUGUUGAACAUCUCUUCUCCGCCAGAGGCCAUAUGCUCCUCAAUAGAUGUGCUCUAUCUUUAGAAGAUAUCAACACUUUUAUAAUACACUGGAUUACCAGCGGCACCGAUAUGUUUCAAUCUAUGCGUCUUUGUUUUGAACAACGCCUCAAUCAUAGUGACUACAUGACUGUCCUAGAAGAUAUUGUCGCCGUUUAUGAUGAAGUCAGAGACGAGUUUUCAUGCAUAGCGGCGGAAACGUGCGAGACUCGAAAAAAGAUGUUGUUGUCCAUCAAUUGCUAUGAGAAAGAAAUGUUGUUGACUGCUCAUGAAGUGCCCAAAACCCCGGGAAGAUAUUAUUUUAAGAGAUUUCAAGCUUUGGAAUUAAUGAAUCACCGAAAAGCAUUGAGAAUAGAGCUGGAAGGAAUUUUGCGGGAAGAAGCUGAGAUUGGAAGUGACAUUCGAAGACAUGGAUUUGAAAAGUAUCGGGAUGUAUUGAAACGGAAAGGAGAGACUAAUGAGAAACAACGAGUUUUGGAAGAGAAAUUGGUGGCGCUUGGGGUAAGAAAAUUCGAAUUAAAACGUGAUGAAGAGGUAGAGGAACUUUCGGAUGAGGAACAGGAACAAGAGUAA